CAGUCAAACAGUGUGUGGUGGCCUCUCAAUCCCAUGGCUUGUCAAGACAUAUGAAUGAUAAGUGUCACACCAACCCAUUUUUCCAGUUGUCCCCCUAAACCCUCUAAAAUCUUUGUCAGUGCCCGACCCCCCCCUCCAACCUCUUUUCAAUUUAGUCCAAGUUGAUGUCUCAUGAUCUGGUUUGUCAAGUCUGUCAAAUUACAACAGGAAGAAGAGUGCAAAUUUAGGGUUUAGGAAUUCAUUGGUGUAAUAGUAUGGAGAGGUAUGAGAUUGUUAAAGAUAUUGGGUCUGGGAAUUUUGGGGUGGCAAGGCUGGUCAGAGACAAGCUCACCAGAGAACUCUAUGCUGUCAAGUUCAUUGAGAGAGGACACAAGAUAGAUGAACACGUUCAAAGGGAAAUCUUGAACCACAGAUCACUCAAGCAUCCGAAUAUCGUUCGAUUCAAAGAGGUCCUUCUGACACCAACUCAUCUAGCCAUAGUUAUGGAGUACGCGGCUGGGGGAGAACUCUUCGGGAGAAUAUGCAAUGCUGGCAGAUUUAGUGAGGAUGAGGCAAGGUUUUUCUUCCAGCAGUUGAUAUCAGGAGUUAGUUACUGUCAUUCAAUGCAAAUCUGUCAUAGAGACCUUAAGCUUGAAAACACACUCUUAGACGGCAGUACAGCACCGCGUGUAAAAAUAUGUGAUUUCGGAUACUCAAAGUCAUUAUUGCAUUCUCAGCCUAAAUCUACUGUAGGAACACCGGCUUAUAUAGCACCUGAAGUCCUAUCUAAAAAACAAUAUGAUGGAAAGAUUGCAGAUGUUUGGUCUUGUGGAGUCACCUUAUAUGUGAUGAUAGUUGGAGCAUAUCCCUUUGAAGAUCCCAAAGACCCUAGAAACUUUACAAAAACAAUUGGGCGGAUUCUUAGUGUGCAGUACUCAGUUCCAGAUAAUGUCCUUGUUUCAAUUGAAUGUAGACAUCUCUUAUCUCAUAUCUUUGUAGCAAACCCUGAAGAGAGAAUAACUAUCCCAGAAAUCAAAAGCCACCCUUGGUUUCUAAAGAACUUACCUAUGGAAAUGAUGGAAGGAGGAAGUUGGCAGUGCAACGAUGUAAAUAAUCCGUGGCAAAGCGUUGAAGAAGUUCUGUCCAUAAUACAAGAGGCAAGGAAACCAUUAAACGUCCCGAAUGCCAGUAGGCAUCUCAUCGGAAGCAGCAGCAUGGAUGUUGAUGAUUUUGAAGCCUAUGUUGAAGAUUUUGAAACAAGUGGUGAUUUUGUGUUGCCAAAUAUGAGUAAUUAGUGUACAUGCAUUAUCAUACUAGUGAAUUUGUGAGUUUUGGGAUCUUGUUAGACUUUUUGGGACGUUCUUGUGAUGUGGUCUGAUACAUGGCCCUUGAUUUAUGUAUCAUUUUGGGUUUACUGUUGUUGUCAGGUUCUCUCUCUUUUUUUUGUUCUUUUUCUUUUAAAAAGCUUCGUAACUUUUCAUGCA